GGUUGAGCAUCUUAUACCGGCAAGCCGGCAGCACCAACAGCAGCAGCAGGCGCAGCAGCAACAGCAGCAGCAGGCACAGCAGCAACAGCAGCCAAAGCAGCAGCAAAACAUCCCUGCUCUAGCUAUGGGUCCAGCAUAUCCAAUUAACCAGCAGCAGCAGCGGCAGCCACAGCAGCAGCAGCGGCAGCCACAGCAGCAGCAACAGCAUCCGCAGCAGCAGUAUGCACAGCAGCAGCAUGCACAGCAGCAGCAGCGUUAUUACCAGCAGCAGCAUCCGCAGCAAGCAAUGUAUCCCCAGCUGUAUGCGCAGCAGCAGCUGAAUUAUCCAUUAGAGGCGCAGCAGCAGUACCAGCAGCAGCUACUGUAUCCACAGCAGCAGCAGCAGCAGCAUCUGCAUACGCAGCAGCAGCAAUUGCUGUACCCAGAGCAGCCAGGACAAGCGCAUGCACGCAGCAGAAGAAGCCACAGCAGAUCAAGGAGGCAGCGGCAGCAGCAGCAGCAGCACAGCAGCUCACCAAGGCCAACAAGGAUGUGA